ACAAACCACGAGCUGCUUGCCGCUGGGCUCUUGGACUCGGCUAUUUCAGCGACUGCUUUUCGCACACAGUGAACGGGAGGCAGCCGGGGAGCCCUAACGCUAGAAUGAGUUGCACACAUCGCAACUCUGGGUUUGAUUCCUGGUUCCUGUGCCCUAGGCAAUCUAUUAAGAAUACCGAGAUACUCCUGUUAGAUUUCUGGAAUGGUGAUAUAGUAACUGGGGAACUUUAGUUAAGACGUCACUUAUAAGUUCAGGAAAUGAAACCGCAUCUUGUUUAGUCCGUUAAUGUUUCUCUCAUGUGAUUUAAUUCUAUCCAUUUGCACGUUCAUGCAUGGUAUGCUUUGCUGGGUCCACUGAAAGUAUGUUCUGGUCUCAUCUUUCCUUCCUGAAAACAAUGAGGAAUGGAGAAAGUAUAUAAGUGGCAAGAAAUAGUGUGGAUUUGUCAAAUGUACAAAUUGUCAAUCACCUCAUAAUUUUUUUCUAAUUAAAAUGUAAAACUAUUUCAAGUCAUCAAUUUAACGUUUGUGAUCCAGGUCCCUUCCCAGAUUUUUCAUUGUAGAGUACAAAAUCCUUAGCUUGAAGCACACGAGCUUGAGUAGCUGCACUAUAAACGACCAUUUCAGCACACUCUCGAUUUCCAAACCUAUUCCAGAUACUGCUAACAGCCCAAAUUUACCCGCUAGAGUGUCAACUAACCUAAUGUCUUGAAAAUAGGAACCACCUUGUGGUUUAAUUGUGAAAAUUAGCAUUUUCCUCUAGCGGCUGAACACUUAUGCAGCAAUAAAAAGUGAAUUGUUAGGCUUAUAAAUCUUGAGCUUGUCAAAUUUUACAGCAGAGGAACAAUAAAGCACCUUAGAGGAGAUGAAGUUUUUCCUCUGAAGAACAAUUCUGUCUCGGGAUAUCAGGAUUUGCAGUGACUCCAGGACGCCCUCUAUUGAUAAGAAAAUCUAGAUCACCGCGUAACAGGAUGGGGCAGGGGAAGGAAAAACAAACUAACAAACAAAAACAUAGUAACCAGCAGAAACAACCAAGACCCAAAUCAAAUUGAAUUUAUUAAUACUUAACUUUUGGUUAUAAUUUUUUAUAUUGAUUUAACCCAGGGGUGCUUUACCACUGGGUUACAUCUCCAGUCCUUUUUUUUAAAACAAAAUUAUUAUUUAGUUUAAUUUUGAGACAGAUUCUCAGUAAGUUGCUGAGGGUCUUGCUAUAUUGCUGAGGCUGACCUCCAUCCUGAGACCCUCCUGCCUCAACCUCCCCAGUACUGGAAUUAGCAGAGCUGCUUAUAUAUUUUUGACAUAUAAGUAAAGUGGGAUUUUAUUCAUGGGGACAUUAUUAAAUCUUGGGUUAAGGGGUGAACCUACAUUUUAUUAUGUCUUUGUUAGUGAAACACUUUCAAAAACAAAGUGCCACAUAUGAUAACUUUUAAAAAGGUAUUUCUAGAGUUUUAUGAACUGUAUUUAAUGGAUUAUAUGUAGUAAUUGCAAGAAACUAAAUUUUUGCUCUAGUAGUAUUUUGUCCAUGGUAUUACCUAAAAAUGCCAGAAACCCCACUUCCUACUAAAAGUCAUCUCUCCAGGCAGCUCUGAAGCUAUCAUUAAAAUAUUAAAGAUAGACACAAGGUUUGGAUUAUAACGUGGGUAGUGAAAGGUGUGUUUACCACUUGAGUCAUCAUAGUAUGUAAUAAGUAAUGAAAAGUUACAGUAAAAAGAUAGGUAUCCUUCAUUAGGAACCUAGUGGUUUGAGCAAUUCACGAUGUGUCUAAUGAGUAAGCUGGUGAGAUCUACGGUUUGCCCCCCAAUUAUCCUGGUCCAUUGAUUAGCACAUUGUAACAUGUAGAAUAUUAGCAUGUCUGUGGUUGAUAGAAAUUCCUAAUUAGAGAUUCUGAGUAACGUAGCGGGUAGAGUUGCAAACUGCAAUUUCGAUGUACAGUAAGGAUUUAAAAUGGCAACCCUAAGUGGUUUGGGGAGAGUCAGAGGUCAGAGAAACAUGAAGUGGCCUCCAACCUUGAGACCAUUCUUGAGAGUAGAUAGCACUUCACACCUACUGAUAACAAAUUGGAGCCUAUCAUCAAUCUCACAACUGCUUUCCUGUCUCCACUUGGUAGCCGUUUUCCUUGCAGACCACUUGUUUUCUUUUUUCCUUCAUUUUUGGACCCAUCCAAUCUAAAAAGUAGAAACUGACCUGUCAUUGAAUUAAUCUAAUAGACUGGCUAUGUGUGAAAAAGCCACUGAGCAACAAUAAAUCGUGGUAUAAUUGUGCUGCAUAAAAAUGCACUAUUCUCAUUAAUCGAAUUACACUGUAACUGAACACGUUGAAGUUCAUCCACUCUCCUUGCCGCUUCGAGGCAGGGAAAUGUCAAAGAAACCAGAACAUCUAAGCUUUUCACGCAACUGCCUUCUAAUUCCACCGGGAGUUCACCGGUACCUUCCUGGCCUAUCUGAUCUUCUUCAGACUGCAGAGAUUUCUAACGUGGUUCGGUGCUUGAUUUACCAAGUGUCCGCAACAAGCUUAAGAAAGGUUCUGCAGGUGUGAUUGAGAGGGGACCUGCUGCACAGCACAUUGUUAAAGAACCGGCUUCCGCCAAAGAUCUGAAACUGGAACUGACUGGGGAGGAAGAAGAGGAAGCGAGGCGUGUCCCCCGGCCCAUGCCGCAGCCACGGGCCCGGACCCGCCACGGCGCCCGCGCCGCCGCCCUCGCCGGAGCCCACGAGACCUGCAUGGACGGGCAUGGGCUUGAGACCAGCACCUUCCUGCGCCGCCGCCGCCCCCGCCUCCGCCGCUGCCGCCGGGGCUGAGCAGCGCCGCCGCCCCCGGCUCUGCCCGCCGCCGCUGGCGCUGUUGCUACUGCUGCUGCUCAGCCUCGGGCUGCUCCACGCAGGUGACUGCCAACAGCCGGCCCAGUGUCGAAUCCAGAAAUGUACCACGGACUUUGUGUCCUUGACUUCGCACCUGAACUCUGCCAUUGACGGCUUUGACUCUGAGUUUUGCAAGGCGCUGCGUGCCUAUGCUGGCUGCACCCAGCGAACUUCAAAAGCCUGCCGUGGCAACCUGGUAUACCAUUCUGCUGUGUUGGGUAUCAGUGACCUCAUGAGCCAGAGGAAUUGUUCUAAGGAUGGACCCACAUCCUCUACCAACCCUGAAGUGACCCAUGACCCUUGUAACUAUCACAGCCACGCAGGAGCCAGAGAACAUAGGGGAGGGGACCAGAACCCUCUCAAUUACCUUUUUUGUGGCUUGUUUGGAGAUCCUCAUCUUAGAACUUUCAAGGAUCACUUCCAAACGUGCAAAGUAGAAGGGGCCUGGCCACUCAUAGAUAAUAAUUACCUUUCAGUUCAAGUGACGAAUGUGCCCGUGGUACCUGGAUCCAGUGCCACGGCUACAAAUAAGAUCACGAUCAUCUUCAAAGCUCACCGUGAGUGUACAGAUCAGAAAGUAUACCAAGCUGUGACAGAUGACCUGCCAGCUGCCUUUGUGGAUGGCACCACCAGCGGUGGGGAUGGAGAAGCCAAAAGCCUGCAUAUCGUGGAGAGGGAGAGUGGCCGCUACGUGGAGAUGCAUGCCCGCUACAUAGGCACCACGGUGUUUGUGCGACAGCUGGGUCGCUACCUAACCCUUGCCAUCCGAAUGCCUGAGGACCUGGCCAUGUCCUUUGAGGAAAGCCAGGACCUGCAGCUGUGUGUGAAUGGCUGCCCCUUAAGUGAACGCAUCGAUGAUGGGCAGGGCCAGGUGUCUGCCAUUCUGGGGCACAGCCUGCCUCGCACCUCCUUGGUGCAGGCCUGGCCUGGCUACACACUGGAGACUGCCAGCACGCAAUGCCAUGAGAAGAUGCCAGUGAAGGACAUCUAUUUCCAGUCCUGUGUCUUCGACCUGCUCACCACUGGUGACGCCAACUUUACCACCGCAGCCCACAGUGCCUUAGAGGAUGUGGAGGCGCUGCACCCCAGGAAGGAACGCUGGCACAUCUUUCCCAGCAGUGGCAAUGGGACUCCCCGUGGAGGCAGCGAUUUGUCUGUCAGUCUAGGACUCACGUGCUUAAUCCUUAUUGUGUUUUUGUAGGGAUUGUCUUUUGUUUUGUUUUUAUUUUUUGUCUAUAACAAAAUUUAAAAUAUAUAUUGUCAUAAUAUAUUGAGUAAAAGAGUAUAUAUGUAUAUACCAUGUAUAUGACAGGAUGUUUGUCCUGGGACACCACCAGAUUGUACAUAUUCUGUUUGGUUGUUUUCACAUAUGUUGGAUGCAGUGUUCUUUGAUUGUAUCAAUUUUGUUUUGCAGUUUUGUGAAAUGUUUUAUAAUUGUCCCUGCCUGGGAGCCUGUUAGAAAGCACUUUAUUUUUUAUAUAUUAAAUAUUUAUGUGUGUACCUGGUUAAUAUGUAUAGUACAUAUACACAGACACCAUGCCCAGCGUUCCCUUCAAAGGUGACCAGUUGUCUGUAGCUAUUCUUGGCUGUUCCCCCUGCCCUUUCCCAUUGCUACUGAUUUGCCACAGCGUGCAGUUUUCACUGGCCACCUCCAGAUGGAGCUGCCCCCUUUCCUUUGGAGUGUGACCCCACCCUUUCUUCUGCCCUCACUCAGUUGGAAAGGACAGUUGACUCCUCCCUUAUAGGUGCUGUUGACUCUUGUAAAUGCUGAUCUUAAUAAGGAGCCCUUUCUCUAACAGUUUUCACCUUUUUUUUUUUUUUGAAGGCGGAGAGUGUUACUGUAAUUUUUAUUAUUUUCUAAUUCUAAUUUUGAGCACAUGUUACUAGGUUGAACCUAUGAAACUACCAUUUCUAUAGGUAGAAAGGGCCUACUGAUGGUAGUUUAUAGAUAAAUAUCAGACAUCUUGCUUUACCUGAGUAGCUCUAAGUUGUUUUUUUUUUUUCAUUCCAUACUCCAGUUUAAAUUGUGGUUUUUACCCUCUUUUAACUCUAUUCCCAUUAAACAAAAUAUGAAACCAUAAAUUUCAUAAUAAUCAUGACUUGUUCUUUCUCUAUGAUUUGUGGGAGCCCAUGUUCUUGGCUAUCUUUUUCCUUAACUGUUUGGGCCCAGAAACAUUCUCCCUCUCUCCACCGCAUUAGCACUCCUCAGCCUCACCUUAAGAAUCUGAGGGUAGGGUUUAUUAAUCUUCCUUUGAUGUUGAGACCCAGACCCCAUCAAUAGCGUUCUCUGUGCUUCCCUUCCCUCUGCUCCCUGGUCUUCAUGACAGUCCUUGACUUGUCUUCAUGCAUGAUGAAAUGGAGUAGGGUGUUAAGUACAGAAAAAUCCCCUAGGCCUACCCCGGAAUGCACUUACCUAUGGGUGCCGAUCAGUUUAGAUGUUCCCAUUAACUAACCUCAUGCUCCCCAAGUCUCUUUUUUAAUCAGAUUCCUUUCUCUUAAUACCUGUAGUUGAAUAUUAGUUGCUCUUGUAACUUGGUGAAAUCCCUAUAGAGUAAAAUGAUUCCUCUUCUCGCCUCUUCCAUUCUGUUGUUGGUGCCCCUUGCAAAAGGGAAAGAACAACAACAAAAACGUAAGUAAAUGAGAAAGUUAAAUCCAGGAUAGGUAGGUUUAUAUUGUGAUACCUGAUUGUAAACAUUUACAAUUGUUUGGUUCCAAGAAAAAGUAGUACCGUUUGUACUUUAAUAAAUAAUUUAAGUUUACAUAAAUGCGAACAAAAGAUAAGAACUUCAAAUACCAUCCUGUUUUAGGCCAAGAGUAUGCUGAGUUUUGGUUGCCCAGAUCAUGUUUUUUUUUUUGCCAUAUCCUGUUGACCAGCAGCACUGCUAGAGGCCCAGACUGGCAGCAAGAGGAUGUCAUUUUGUAAAGGUCUGUUUCUUAGCGGACUGAUGUACCAUCCAGUCACAGGGUGGAGUUGUGAGUUCAUCUGGAGGUGGCAAACCUCUGCCAUCUGGUGUAUGAGAGAGUAAUCUUGGGCAGCCUGGGAACAUAAGGCAUUUGUUUCUUAAAGAGUCAGCUCUGGAGAGCUGGAACCUAACCCUGUUACAGGAGUUGGAGUAGGAACCUACCUACCAUCAGCUCUGAGACUUGGCUGCUUUUAUUCAACUGUGGAACCAUGUGCCCAGUUCAGAAGCUAUUGUUAACUAGUAGUUUUUAUUUUGUAAUCGACUAGCAUAAGGGAGGAAAAGUAUUAAGGAUACUUUUAACCACUAUUUUUGUGCAAAUAGUAUAAAAGUGAAGUAAAAGCAAUAGUAGAAAUUUCUACAGUGUCUGGAUUUAGAAUGUAUUUGAUUAAUAUACCUUUGUCCUUUUCAGGGAAAACAAACACCUCUACUAGUAGUUGGGAAAAGAAAAUUGGGUUGUUUUGCCAUCUCAUUUAGCUGAAAUGAUGCUUAAAGUUAUCUUGCAUCCCUAGUGUUAGGACCAGUGUAUUUACUUAUUUCCACUUUUUAAUCAAUGUCCCUGUAAAACCUUUACAGUCCCCACAGAUAGCUUUCAGAAGUAGAUGUGUUUCUCUCGAGAAGAGCCAGGUUGAUUUUCUUUAGAGUUUCUAGAGAAAAUGCUGCUUGCACAUGUUGGUUCAUGAAGUCCUUAGCCAGAGGAGCUUCAAGUCAUACCAACACGUGGAUAUGCUGUAGCUGUUCACAAGUCUCCUGGGGGAACUUAACACUUGGGGAAAAACACUGGUUUUCUCAGAUGCUCCACAUGGCUGUCUUUAAAAGACUCUUUUUUUUUUUUUUUUUUUUUUUUGUCCUUUUUGCUAGGCUUGGAAACCCCCAUAGUGUUGAGUCUUUGCAAAGAAACCUCUAGAUGUGGCUCAUAGGUAUAUGAAUAAGUAUCUGUGUAAAACAGUGAGUGUGCAGUGUGUAAAUACUUAAAUUAUUAUGCUAGAAAAAUAAAGUGACAUACCAUGCUGUG